GGGACGCACGCAUUCCAUCGCAGGCUGAAGCUCCUGCGCUCGGUGUCCGCGGCAGCAUCAUAUCAUCCCAUUUCAUCUCCCGGAUUGGAGGCGAACCCAGAAGCCAGAAUCAAGAAACAGAGGCAAAAGAUGGGUCUGCUGAGGUCAUCUCCUUCGCUCUCACUUGGGUUUCUGCUGCUGUCCCUCUCCUCGGUGUCUGCGGUCUUGGCUCACGCUGAGGCGGAAGACCCGACAAUCCGAACGAUGGAGGAGUUCUCGGGAUACCCAUUUCGGGAAUCGCCUUCUUGGGUCGCCGAUCCUCUCUCUUCCUUGCCCGUCGAGGGCGAAAAUCUUCAAAAGCAGAUUGACGAGCUUGCGAGUUUAUCCGAUGCGCCCGCUCCAUCAGUGACGAGGGUCCUUUACACUGACAAGGAUGUGAUGGCCCGCAGGUACGUUAAGAACUUGAUGGGACUUGCUGGCCUGUCUGUUAGAGAGGAUGCUGUGGGUAACAUAUUCGGUCGAUGGGAAGGCCUUGAACCAGAGCUUCCUGCUGUCGCUACAGGUUCUCACAUGGAUGCUAUUCCUUACUCCGGAAAGUACGAUGGAGUUGUUGGUGUUCUGGGAGCCAUAGAGGCCAUUAAUGUACUAAGAAGGUCAGGCUUCAAGCCGAAAAGAUCACUGGAGAUUAUAGUGUUCACUUCAGAAGAACCUACACGCUUUGGAAUUAGUUGUUUGGGAAGCCGCUUAAUGGCGGGGAGCAAGGCACUCUUGAAGGCACUGGAAACAACAGUCGACAUUCACAAUAUAUCCUUUCUAGACGCCGCCAAAUAUGCUGGUUAUGCGCAAGAUCCAGUGGAUUUAAUGAGCAUAUUUCUAAAGAAAGGAGCUUAUGCUGGUUUCGUGGAGUUGCACAUAGAGCAGGGCCCUAUUCUUGAAGAGGAAGGUAUAUCUAUUGGCAUAGUAACUGCUAUUGCUGCUCCUGCAAGCAUAAAAGUAGACUUUGAAGGAGGUGGGGGACAUGCAGGUGCUGUGUUGAUGCCGUACAGAAAUGAUGCUGGACUGGCAGCGGCGGAGCUGGCAUUAGCUGUUGAGAAGCAUGUUUUAGAAUCUGGAUCCAUAGAUACUGUUGGGACAGUGGGUAUCCUGCAACUUCAUCCCGGAGCAAUCAACAGCAUCCCCAGCAAAUCGCACCUGGAAAUAGAUACUCGUGAUAUUGAUGAAGAAAGAAGAAAUGUUGUAAUGGAGAAGAUACAUCAAUCCGCUAUUAGGAUUGCCAAAGACCGUGGUGUCAAGCUUGCCGAGUUUAAGAUUGUCAAUCAGGAUCCACCAGCUCUUUCUGAUGAAUCGGUCAUUAGGGCAAUGGAAUCUGCAUCAAAGGAUCUGAAGCUGUCUCACAAGUUAAUGAUCAGUAGAGCUUAUCACGAUUCGCUGUUUAUGGCCAGGGUUUCUCCAAUGGGCAUGAUAUUUAUUCCCUGCUACAAAGGAUACAGUCACAGACCUGAAGAGCAUUCUUCCAUUCAGGACAUAACCAAUGGGAUCAAGGUACUAGCCUUGACCCUCGCGAAGCUGUCACUCAAAUGAAACCACUUUCUUCGAUGUAAAUUGUUAAUUACCACGACUUGUUCUUCAUAUAUGGAAGUGUUUUUCGUAUUCUCCUCCCAUGGCAUUGUAUUCAAUCUCUCAUCAGGGCGCUCAAACAUGAACUUCGCAGCCCUCUUGAGCUAUUAUAAUUUGCGGGGUUGUGACAAACAUUCUUUCUUUUUCUCAAAACUUGGGAGAACACGAUCCCAUUGAAGUA